AUGGGCACGGCCAACCAGGAACAGCAUCCCGCUAGCGCGAUCAAAAAGCCCACGGACUUUUCGAUCGACGCAAUUAUGCGCAAAGAUGACGCCGCCGCCACUGCCGCCGAUUCGAGACACAACAUCAUGUUCGGUACGGAGGGCGAAGGUUCGAUGGGUGGGACUGAAGAUUUGGACAUUGAAGUGGACGUCGUCGAGACUUCAGAACCAGAAGACUUAGCCGCCAACCGCUAUCAUCGCCGGUCUUCGGCUGACGCGGGUAACGGAAAGCAAAAUGGCACGGCUAGUGGUUCGAAGAAAAAGAGAUGCCGAGAAACGGUUAGCGCUUCAUCUGAAGAUGGUGACCGGACACCGCCUCCACACGAUUCUGCACAGGCCACCUCCAAGAACCUGGCAACAAUGUUGGCAAAAUGUACCAGUCCGGAUUUGGCAUCCACGGAAUGCUACCUUGAGUCCGUCUCAAAAGAGCUCUGGUCCAAAUUUCACGAACUGGGCACGGAAAUGAUCAUCACCAAAACCGGAAGGAGGAUGUUCCCCACACUGCGCGUGUGCUUCCGGAAGCUGGAUCCAAACCAAAAGUAUUCGGUGCUCAUAGAUAUCGUACCGGUGGAUAACAAACGAUACCGGUACGCGUACCACAAGUCAUCUUGGCUGGUUGCCGGCAAGGCGGACCCACCAGCCCCUCAUCGGCUGUACACUCACCCCGAUUCACCGUUCACGGGUGACCAGCUGCACAAGACGUUUGUGUCGUUCGAAAAAGUCAAGCUCACCAACAACGAGAUGGACAUCAGUGGACAGAUCAUUUUGAACUCGAUGCACAGAUAUCAGCCCCGGAUACAUCUGGUCAAGUGGAGGGGAAUGGUGACCGACUUGGACGCGGAAAAGUACCGGUCUUUCGUGUUCCCAGAAACCGUAUUCACGGCCGUCACGGCUUAUCAAAAUCAACUGAUCACGAAAUUGAAAAUCGAUAGCAACCCAUUCGCCAAAGGAUUCCGUGAUUCUUCUCGAUUAGGAGAACUCGAAAGAGACCCAGUGGACUUGAUGUUCCUGGAACACCAGUACAACCAACACUUGCUCAGCCGGGCAGCUACGCCCAUGUUCUGGCCGUCAUCCCAGGACGGCGGAGUCCACCCCGGACAGCAGUCGGCAAUGGAACAGCACCACCAGCACCAGCUGAACCAGCAACAGCAUCAGCUGCAGCAGCAGCACCACCUACACCACCAACAGCAGCAGCAGCAUCAACAGCAGCAACAGCAACAGCAGGAUCAGAGCAACGGUGGUGGCAAUUCGGGAUUCAUGUUGGCCGCCGCGGCCGCUGCCCGUGCUCAGUUUCACAUGUUGAACAACGCGGCAGCUGCGGCCGCUGCGCAAGGCGGUGGCAGAACCCAGUCCGGCGGUGACGGUAGCGGUGGCGCCGGUGGGCCGUCUGCCCAGCACUACCAGCACUCGGCUGCUGCCGCAGCGGCUGCUGCUGCCGGCAUGCACUCGCUCAUAGUGUACGGCAACCACUUUCAACAGUCGCAGUCGCGAUUUGCCGCCGCUGCAGCCGCAGCAGCAGCGGCCGCAGCGUCGUCGUACCCGGGACCGCCACCCCCGCCGCACCCGUCGUCCAUGUUCUCGUGGCCGCCGCAGUCGCAAUACCCGAGGUACGUGUCGGCGGCCGCCGCUUUUCAGCCUCCGCCACCGCCGCAACAGCAACAGCCCACGGCUUCGUCGUCCACCUCGGCCGGCCCUCCGCAAUCCCCGCCGCAAGCGUCGCUUCAGCCACCGCCGCCUCCGCCACUCCAACAGCAGCCGCAGCAGUCCACGUCGUCCACUUCGUCGUCGUCACCGUCGUCCACCGCCGCGGCCAUCGUCCAUCACCAUCACCACCACGGCGCUGGUCUGCACCAGCAACAGCACCACCACCAUCACCGGGCGUACAGUCCCGCUCGAACGCCGCCCGGCGCCGGCGGCUCGUCGUCGGCCGAGUCGCUGCCUUCGCCGGACGUGGACGGCAGGUCAGCCACCAAGUACCAGAAGCGCCGUUCUCCGUCCGCAGCCAGGUACUCUCCAUUUGACGCCGUCAAGGCCGACGAAUCGUAA